CUUAGCACACCCCCACCUCCUAUAUAUACCCCUUCUCCUCCCCCUUUAUUCCUUGCCCCCUUAGCUCCUUUGCUUUCAGAAGAGCAACAAGAGGAAGAAGAACUUCACACUUUUUCAUCUUCCUUCAUACCCUACUCUUCUAAAGCUUUGUAAUAAUGGAGACCUUCUUGUUCACUUCUGAAUCUGUUAACGAGGGACACCCGGACAAGCUCUGUGAUCAGAUAUCUGAUGCAGUUCUUGAUGCCUGCUUAGCCCAGGACCCUGACAGCAAGGUUGCUUGUGAAACCUGCACCAAAACCAACAUGGUCAUGGUUUUUGGCGAAAUCACCACCAAAGCUAAUGUUGAUUAUGAAAAGAUCGUGCGUGAUACCUGCCGCGAGAUCGGGUUUGUAUCGGAUGAUGUGGGGUUGGAUGCAGACAACUGCAAGGUCUUGGUCAACAUUGAGCAACAAAGCCCGGAUAUUGCUCAGGGUGUUCAUGGUCAUUUGACAAAGAAGCCUGAGGAAAUCGGUGCUGGAGACCAAGGUCAUAUGUUUGGUUAUGCUACUGAUGAGACCCCGGAACUUAUGCCACUCAGCCAUGUUCUUGCGACCAAGCUUGGAGCUCGUUUGACCGAGGUCCGCAAGAAUGGUACUUGUGGAUGGCUCAGGCCUGAUGGAAAGACUCAAGUUACAGUCGAGUACCAUAACGACAACGGAGCCAUGGUCCCUCUCCGCGUACACACCAUUUUAAUCUCGACUCAACAUGAUGAAACUGUAACCAACGAUGAGAUUGCCGCUGAUCUUAAAGAGCAUGUGAUCAAGCCUGUUGUUCCAGCCAAUUACCUCGACGAGAAGACCAUCUUCCACUUGAACCCAUCUGGUCGUUUCGUCAUUGGUGGACCUCACGGUGACGCUGGACUCACCGGACGUAAGAUCAUCAUUGAUACUUAUGGUGGUUGGGGUGCACACGGUGGUGGUGCUUUUUCAGGGAAAGACCCCACCAAGGUGGACAGAAGUGGUGCCUAUAUUGUGAGACAAGCCGCAAAGAGCAUUGUGGCUUGUGGGCUAGCGAGAAGAGCGAUUGUGCAAGUGUCUUACGCUAUUGGUGUCCCUGAACCGUUGUCCGUCUUUGUUGACACGUAUGGAACCGGAAAGAUCCCCGACAAGGAGAUCUUGAAGAUUGUUAAGGAGAACUUUGAUUUCAGGCCGGGAAUGAUAUCGAUCAAUCUUGAUUUGAAGAGGGGUGGGAACAAGAGGUUCUUGAAGACAGCUGCAUAUGGGCAUUUUGGUAGAACAGACCCUGAUUUCACCUGGGAGGUGGUGAAGGAACUCAAGUGGGAGAAGGCAUAAGAAGGUUGUUCUGUCUGUGUUAGUAACCAUAAAUCAUAUAUUAUGCUUGCCUGCAUGUUUGGCUUGUUAUAAUGAUGAUAAUGUGUUUUUUUUUUUUUCCUUUGUAAGUUUGAUAUGACCUAAUUUAGUGUUGUUUUCUUUAUAUCUUUAAAGAGAGAAGGUGGAAGUGGUAUGGGCAAUGUAUUAGUCAGUAUGGAGGCAUAGCCAUUUCCCAAUAAUAAUAUAUAAUGGAAAUCUAUCUUCUGUUGCUUUUA